AUGCCUUAUGGAAGAGCGGUUUGGGUUUGUUUCAUGAUCGUUGGUUACUUGAAAUGCAUCGGGAGUACACCUGUCGAAAAAGAGACGCAGGGUGGUAGCAAAUCGGAACAAGAGGGCAAACCUGGUCCUGAUUUACGAAGUUUGCAUUUUCCCGCGGAGUAUCAUGCAACGGGUGUCUUGUCGCUUCCCACAAGCAACAUUAACGAGCCUUUUGAGGUUUGGCACAGCCAGGCUUACGACAAGAGCCGAAUAGAUUACUAUCAUGGUAAGACAAAGAGACUCAAGUUACAAUGACGUGCUUGUGAUCUCGAGCUAUAAUUAUGCUCUGACAGUAAUUAUAUUUUUAAAGGUACUGUAUAUACCUUUCGGUGGGAUUUGGGUCGGUACCGGUAUAACUUAUCAAAACAUCUAAAGAUCAAGUGUUGUUUUACCAGUUAUUAAGUGAGUAAUUCGAUUGUUGACUGCGGUUUACAGUCGAGAAACUAACCAUCUUUGAAUAUGUCACUUAUGUAGAUAUUGAUUGUUGACUGCAAAAUGAAGUCGAGGAACUACCCAUUUUCAAAUAUGUUACCUAGCGGAGAAACUGUCGCCAAAGGGAAUCCGUUUUUUACUAUUUCUUUCGAGUGAAAUCAUAACAAUAAACUCUCUUUCGUUGAAAAGACUAAUGAGUUACUUAAGAAGAAAUCUCAUUGGUACGUUAGUAUUCAGUGGGUGGAGGAAAAACUCAAUUACGUUUGAGGCGUUCACGGCGUCGUUGGUUUACAUAAUUUGGACAACUGAUUUGUCCCUUAAACGAUUUGCCUAGUUAUUCUACGACUGACUUUCGCAGAUUUGUGUUUUGAAUUAUGCGCUCAGUCGGCUGAAAAGAAGCGCUUGUCUGCUGUUUAGUUUUCAGUGAAGAGAUAAAUAGACUUAGCUUGUAAAAAUGCUCCUAGAUCAUAAUUCACUAAACGGUACCGGUAAUUUGAAGAAUGGAGAUUGAGACCAUACAAUCAAAAAACCUGCACUGAUAUAAAAAGUACAUUAAUUAGCCGCAUGCAGGGUUAAAUUCGCACUGAAGCUAGAAAUUCUGAGCUUGGUCAAUACUAACACAAUACUGAUACAAGAGAGAAAAGGAAAACAUAAAUCCGUAAUUAUAUUUUGAUCAAAGGUGAAUAUACCCGUUUCAUGUUACAUAUCUCUCAGUUUGCACGUGCGCUAUGAUUGGUCAAUUUAACGGGCCCUAUUUAUUGUAAGGACAACUAAAUUCAAAAGUUUAUUGAAGAUGAAGUUAGUGUGAUAUAAAUCAUACUAACCUCGUUUUCUCGGUUCGUGCUGCAAAAUAUGGAACCCCGUUUUUUCCGCUCGGUCUUGUAUAAUAGCCUGCGUGCUCCGCGCUUGGACCAUAAAUCCAGUCCGUAACUUACAUUACAGACUAAUAACUCAAUUAGUAAGACGUUUUCUCCCUGAAUCUCUUUUCUCGAAAUUUUUCUUUUUCAGCUGUUAGAGGAGCCUCCAAAUUCUUCAUGAACGUACCGUGUUUAGGGAAAAGACACUGCUAGGCGCUUUGAUGCGUUCGUAAAAUGUGAUCUGAGAUUUACAAAAACUGGUCUAGCAGUGGCUAAGAUUUUUAAGCAAAAGACCUCUCUCUUGGGACGGUUUUUUCGUUUAUUCGGAGCUUUAAUUCCUAUUAAACUUCAGUGACUAAAAUGAAAAUUUUCCAAAAUAAUAAUUUAACCAUUGAUCGCGUGCAAUCAUGGUAAGUGGAGUGAGGGCGUGCAAUUGGAAUACAUAGAGAAGGGAGGUAAGAUUUCUUUUUAACCGUUACUAGGUGAAGUGAAAACGUUUCAAAGAGGAGAUUUAGGAAGACAUGGAAUGUUCUUUAAAAUCGUCCCAAAGUACUCUUACAAGCGUCAUAAGAAUGAUCGCCAUUUUCUGGGAUGUUGGAAGAGGUAUGGGUCCAAGUCUCGCAAGGCUAAGGCCCAGUCUGUUCUGCCGUGUAACACGGCUUGGCCGUUCAAGUCUCGUCUGGAAGACUUCAAGGUAAUUGGUUAAUUCUUUGUCACAACCGUUUGUAUGACUCAGAAAUCAAUAGAUGUAAAGAAGGCGGCACACUUACAACCCGGCCUGAGGUUCCCGGCAAGAUCCUUAAACUACUUAUUUGACGAUACAGUAUUAAGAUACCGGUCAUUUUUUAUCGCCCAGGGGAGGGGUGGGAGGAUUUUCAUCAGUUGUGUCACAAUAGAAUUUACUUUCCCCCCCCCCGGCUUAAUCGUUUUUUACAAUCCCCUCUCACUGGUGGUCAGUUUUUAAAACCCCCCCUUUCUACUCUGCCAAGGACGACUGAUCCCUACCCCCAUCAGUUCCCGCUGAAAACCACGUGGCACCCCCCAAAAUAGCUGGUUUCUUUCCACAAUAGUCUUUUUUCAAGGUUAUCUUUAACAAUUUGCCUGGAUUGCCAUUCAAGAAUGUUGCCUGUUUUUAGUCUUUAGCGCCAGCACCAUGGUCAUGGUCAGAUAAGAUCAAGACUUAAGGCUCAUACAACCAAAACGCGUCGUCAUGUGGUGCUUCCUAACAUCACUUGGUAUUAUGUUGCAGGCAUGAAAGCUGUUGUUUCUCCUUAGCAGACAACGUUACCUCCUUUCCUCAUGACAACCUCGGAUCAAUGUCAGUAUCUGAGCACCUGUGCACGUAGCCCUUCCCACAGCCAACAUUAAUUCUAGCCAGGGGAGGGGUAGGAACGCAGUUUCUCAGAUACUGAUGCGCAACUUCUCAUCUCAUCUCUUAUUAAAGAAAUAAAAAACGCGCCGAGUGUAUUGUUGAGUUAUACAAGCAAGCGGGAAUUUUUAAAAACACGAGAAAGUGCGGAGAAGCACGAGCCGAAGGCGAGUGCUUCUCGUACUUCUCGAGUGUUCUUAAAAAUUCCCAAGUGCUUAUAUAACUCAACAAUGCUCGAGGAACAAGUUUCUUUAUUUCUUUUAGAAAAGUUAUCGUGAAUUGCGCGCGCUCGUACCGAUGACAUAGGCUGCGUGUACUAUAUCUCAACAGUGCACUCGUGUGACGUGAGGCGCGUGCUUUAUGGAAAUAUAAUGAACUCGUUCUGACCGAUCACGGCGCGCGCAUUUCUCUGGAAAUUUUAUAAUUAUUAUUUUUUUUUAGUAUGAGGGUGAUGCUGUUAUCAAUGGAAAAGAAUGCACCAAGUGGAGUUACAACGUGACCGUAUUUGAACGCAACAACUCGUACUUGUUUUACGCAACGAAGACCAACCCACCCAAACCUGUGUACUUUGAAAUGAACGGCUACGAUACUCUGUUAGUGUCGUACUACGACAAGUAUACGAUUCAUUAUCACAGUUUUGAGGAGUGGGAUUAUGAUCCGGAUGAUGAUCCGGAUGUCUUUGAGAUUCCACAUUGUAAGUAUAACAGUUUUUGUGUGUGGGGGGGGGGGGGAGGGGGAACCAGAGGCGACGUGGCGUUUUGAAAAAUGCGUUGGAACAGGAGAUGGGCGCGGGGGGGGAGGGGGCGUGGGAGUGGAGGAUUUUAUCGCACACGUAGGUAGACGCUUCCCUUAGUCAAAUUUCUUAAAUUGACCUUGGGGUAAAUCAUUAUACCAGGCAAACCUAUUUACAAUGUGAACAAUUUCCAGUCUAUCUGUGAUAGAACAGAAAAGAAGCGAAAUACAAACGUGCAAUAUCAUUAUUUUUCCAAGCACAAUCUUAAUGAAAUAAUUGGCGUAAAAUUACAAGACUGAGACAAGUAAGGCAGAAGAUAUUUGGGCACCAAAGGCACGUGGGAAAGGGGACUGUUCCGCAUAAAUUUUCUCUUAGUAUACGUAAGACUGAGAGGUUAACCUAAGAGAUUGAACCCCCUACAUAUACAUUAAAUAUAUAUGUGUAUAUAUAUAUAUGUAUAUAUGUUAUCCCUUUAUCAGAGUUAUAUUAACUGGUCUCCCUGUAAUAGUGUUGCAUGUACUACGUCGUGCUGAAGUAGGUUCGAAAAUCAUUACAUGAUUUAAAUCAUAAUAUGGGAGACCUCAAGUAUAUCAGUCGUUAUUGGUAAUCGUUCAUGUAUGCAGAGGAACCCCGCCAAAAGACGUCUUUAAUAGGACCGUGACCUCGCCGUUUCGAUUAUUUUUCUCAAGUGGAAUUAAUGUCUAGUCUUUCCCUUAUCCUAGGAUGCUUUUAACUCAAACACUCCGUUAUAACGACAAUUUUUGGGGUUUAAGGUGGUUUUUCAUCAAGUUUCAUUUGUUAAUCAUAUUCUGUUGAUUGUAGCUUUACUGAUUAUUCAGUUCAGAGAGCUCAUUUACUUCCUGAGCUGAUCAGCGUUAUUACCAUUUAUUUUAGUGCACCAUGACAAGUGGUGCUGGAACAUUGACAAGAGGUCACGUGACAGUGACGGUGCCUCUAUGUCCCUGAACCCUAUGGGAGAGUUCGCCAUGCUCCACCAUGAGGAGGACCCUGUGGAUAAAGAUUUUCACGAUUUUCGUAAGAAACACAAGAGAGAUUACAAGGACAAAAUUGAGCAUCAACAAAGGAAACACAUAUUUAGACAUAAUUUAAGGUGAAUAAAUUUAAUAAUUCAGGUAUCAUUUUGAAUAAGGGGCAAGUCAAGGGGGAGGGGGUGUGGAGCAGGUCACGGGAGAGGGGCUUUGGAAUAUUUUUUGGGGGAAUUACAUGGAUUUCAGGGGAGAACAGUGGGGAGAGCAGUUGUUACCAACAGAGUAUAAAUGGGAGACCAUAGAAAACUUACUACCAACAAGAGGAAAUCAUAAGAAUAUUACAGAGCUUUAUGUGGGGAUCAGGUAAAUUUUAUCGUUAUACAGCCAGGCUAUAAAAAAUGAACCGUCUCCAAUCAUAUUAGCCUAACAUACUUCCCUCAUAAUAUAUAUUAAACGUUGCUAUGGCGAAAGACAUUGCAGCAGGUUACAUUUAUGUAAAGUUUUGUUUUGUUUUGAUUGCGUUUUAUGUAGGAUCAACAACGAAAUACUGUUGAGGGUUCAAUGUUUUGCCCUAUAUAGGCAUGGAAAAGUUUUUAGACUAAAUUAUUGGAAACGUUUCAAGUCAAAAACGUAGCAAGAAAUAUUUGAAACAUAGCUCAGCUCCUUCGGAGAACAAUUCUAGUUUUGUAUUUUCUGAUGUUAUGUAUAUUUAAUUAUCAUCUCAAGUGGCCUUGUUAUGCUUUGCUAGUUUAACCGCUUGUAAAAUUUGGAGCUCACAACACGAACCACGUGUUCGCCAUUUUUUUAAUGUCAACUGCAUGUACUAACAGUCCCUAAAUGCAAGAGGUCUGGAUCCUAAUAAAUGACACCAUUCACCAUCAAUACUCAUCGACCUUGAAACGAGUCAAGUAGAAGUUUCACCUGCGGCAAACUGUUUAUCCUAAAAAAACACUGACGAAUUGUUUGACCUUCUUUGUCUUUAGAUACAUUCGUUCGAUGAACAUGAAAGGCAACUCGUAUCAUUUAACUUUGAAUCACUUUGCUGACCUGACGAAUGAAGAAUUUGAUAAUCACAAAGGACUCAUGCCGGGAGAUGGAGGUUACGGAUCACGUGACGUCGAUGACGCCUAUGACGAUCAAGAGUACGAUGACGAUACCGUUGAACGGCGGGAAAAAAUCAAGAAGAAGAAAAGUAGAUAUGGUCAUGUUCCUGUUGAACUGGACUGGAGGAAAUAUGGUAUGGUCUUGAAUGAUAUAGCAAGCUUCUGUCUAUCUCUAACCUAUUGAAUGAAGAGAAUAAAGUCAUUGUUGUAGCUUUUUAAUAUGAAAAUUUUACAGUUUGAGGGGGCCACGAAGCACCUCCCCUUGAAGUUCUCUAAAUUAUGCUUUAGAGUGUUCUCCCUCUUAAUCAGCCUCGGCCAAAAUCAUUUAAAGUAAAGUCAUUGAAUAGUGUUGUCAGCACGGUAAAGUAGUUAUAUCAACUUAUUCAGGAGUAAGCCGAUCAGAUUGAUUCUCGUCCAUAUAUCGGCUAUCCUUGCCAUAAAUGUACGUACCCCCUUCCUGAUAUUCUUCUUAGUUGUUUGAAAUUGGAUGGUUUGAGCACAUUUCGACACUUGAUCUUACUUUAUAGAACUGUUCUAUUUUCUGUCAGGUGCUGUUCUUCCUCCAAAAGGCCAAGGAACAUGUGGCUCCUGUUGGGCUUUUGCUGCAGCUGGUGCAGUGGAAGGUGCCAAUUUCAUUCAGGUGCGGUGUUCUUAGUUAAGAUUAUUAUUGAGAAUUAUCGACACUGUUCCUGGAGAAGAUACUCCUCUAGAUGAAAACAGCUAUAGGACUGUAAAACAAAGCUGAAAUUCGGCUCAUGAUAAAAGCAAUGAGCAACACUCCAAACAUCGCCUUCUUAAAAAUCAAAAUUUUAUUUUCCUCUUGUCUUCAUACCCAGCGUAACAAUAUCUUUUUCCUUUGCAUUUCCACUGUCAAACAUAUUUGGAAAUCAAAUUUCACCUUAAGUUGAUCUUGUUACUCAAAUUCUUCUUCAUUGCUUGGUAGACUGGUAAAUUGGUUGAUUUGUCAGAGCAGCAACUCCUGGACUGCACAUGGGGCACACCUGGUGCCACGCAUGGCAACAACGGUUGUCUUGGAGGCUGGACUUGGAAGGCGUUUUCUUGGAUCAAGAAGUUUGGUAUUGCUACUGCUAAAAGUUACGGACAUUACCGGGGACAGGUUAGUUCGGCCCGCUACUCUAAGGGCGGGGUAGAAGCUGUGCUUUUGAUUGAAGAUUUUCAGCGUUGGAAUGAUAAACUCUAAGUUCCAAUUACAUAUUCUAAGUUUUGAAUGAAAAGAAACUACAUUACCCUCUGUUUAUAAUAAAAAAAAAUUGAUGAAAGAUUUUCAAUCAGAUGAAGUGCUGCAAUCAAUGAAUGAAAUAUAUUUCUCUUUCGCCAAUCUUUUUUCCUUUGAUUUAUCAUUGUUUAUUUUCUCUUUUCCCGCUUCAGUAUGCUCUCUUUGUAAGGUAGCAAUUGCUUUCAGUGUCGAGUUCUAAGGGAAAACAUCUCACUCCACAUUGCGUCCUCAGCACAGGAGUACAAAUGGCUGGGGGAAGGAGUGAGAAUAUUCUGUGAUAGCCUGAGAGCAGCAUCCCUUUAUAAGCUCCUGUAACCAACUGCAUCGAUGUUAUGAACAAACUCUUCUUUUUAACCUCCAAAUGACGACAAAGUUUAGGAUCAAAAGGAAAAACCAUUACCACUCAAAUCAUGUCUUUCUCUCGGGGAGAAAUCGCACAUAGAUACUUCAGUUUCCUUAUAUACGUCAAUUGUUUGCCUUUCAUUUGUUUAGGAAGGGUAUUGUAAAACCAAGGGACUGAAAAUUGGAGCUAGAAUUCACAGUUAUAGAAGAGUCAAACGCUACAACGAGGAAGCGCUUAAGAAAGCAUUGGCUUACCAUGGCCCAGCCACCAUUUCUAUCAAUGCAAAUCCUAAAGCUUUAAAAUUCUACAGUCAUGGCGUCUUAGACGAUAUCACAUGUAGUAAGUACACAUUCCUUUCCUAUAAAUUUUCCUCGCUUUUUGAAAAUUUAUCGAGUCUUUCUGGAACGAGAAAGACUCGAACUCUGUUGACACUUUGUACCAGACUUAUAGCUCAGUAACCCACUGAAACUGUGCUGAGUUUUUUAGGAAUAACAUUUUGCGCACAUUUCUGUGUUAAUUGAUGACACAUUUAUAUUACUUAUGUCUUAGAUAAACCUAAGGCUCAGUCAUUGCAGAAAUUUUGCUACUGACCUCCCAUUCAAUUACGGGAGUUGUGCGACUUGCGCUUUCUCCUCAGCCACUUUUUUUUUUCGUCCUUCCUAAAAUAAACCAAGGCUAAGAGAGUAUUUGAUAACACCUGAGAAAAUUUGUAAAAAAUAUCUACUUAUUACCCGAUUGUCGACAUUAACCCUUUAAACCCCAAGAGCGAUCAAACAUCUAAUUCCCCCCUUACUGUAAUACCACUGAAUCAUUCAUCAAGUGAAUAAAAAUACGGGAAAUGAUUGCCAACCUUAGAGGCCAUUGUUAAACAAAUCUCCUUGUCAGUACCAAAGAAAAUUUAAGAAAAUGGUUUGGAGAAUAUGGAUACUGAUGUUAGGGUGCAAAGGGUUAAAUUGCACAUGUUUAUCUUUUCUUUUAGAUAAUAAAACCGAUCAUGCUGUGUUAUUGGUCGGAUAUGGCACCGAAAACGGAGUUCCUUAUUGGCUAAUUAAGAACUCUUGGUCCCAUAACUGGGGAGAUAAUGGAUUUAUCAAAAUCAGACAUGGACUUUGUGGAGUAGAAAAGAGACCUUUUGUUGUACUGAACAAGGGACGGAGGCCUUUACCCUGGAAACUUGAAGAAAAGGCAAACAAAGAGAAGGAAACUUUAUUGAAGAAAAAGUUACGAGAAGAAAUGGAGGCUAAAGCAGCGAGACAUAACACAAAAGAUGAUUAUAAAAUUGUUCGAAAAGACGCAAUAGAAGAUCCUGAUUUCAGGGAUAUAGAAGAUGACGAAUAUGUGGACGAUGUAGACCUUUGGUGACCUUUACAUAGAGAACCAGGAGGGUUCUUGCCCUAGAAAUGUGCGGUUCCAGCUCUGCUCCGGCAACUUCUUUUUUAGAUGCUGCUCCCUGUACAUACAAUGCCACUUGAUCUCGCUAGCCUCGGCACAGGCAUUAUCGCUAUAAAUACCUGUACAUUGCUUCAGACGUUCUUUCUCGUAGGUGUGCAGUGUAAAUCGCUUCUGGUGCACCAUUCUUUAGGCAGCUAUAACUCAAGAAAUUGUCUCGUGAAACUUACAAUUUGAAGCGGAAGCGAAGGGCCAGGGUCAAAGUGGCCCGCAACACCAUGCGGGUCAUGCUUUAAAUGAACAGAGAUCGAGACAAGGAAAUAUUCUUACCCUCAGAACAAACUAGUCGCUAGAUAUUAGUUGAUUUGAGAAAAAAUGUCAAUGAAUCUGCAAAAUAAGCAGUGAAUUCAUGGUCUGUAAGAUUUUAAGUCAAUUAAUCUGGCUUAAGGUUACCUUUGAUACAGACACUCGUCAGAAAAACCUUAAUUCUACCGCUUCGAAAUACGAAACUUUCACCGUACAAAUAUGCUGUGGAAAUUGUACCACAUACAGUCUAAGUUCAAGUUACUUCAUACAAACCAAAUGUUGUUCAUAUCACAAUGGUAUUCUAAAGACUGCCGCUGAACUGUCAGGUAUUGAACUGUGUACAUAUUUAUUUUUAUAGCUAUGCC